CUUAUCCAAAUGUUUUCUCUCAUUUCUCUUCCCAGCUUACCAGAGAAGAUCAAGAUGAGUCUACGGAAGCAAACCCCUAGUGACUUUCUAAAACAAAUCAUUGGAAGGCCAGUUGUCGUAAAAUUAAAUUCUGGAGUUGAUUAUCGAGGUGUCCUGGCUUGCCUGGAUGGGUAUAUGAAUAUAGCUCUGGAACAGACGGAAGAAUAUGUAAAUGGACAAUUAAAGAACAAGUACGGAGACGCAUUUAUCCGAGGAAAUAAUGUAUUGUACAUAAGCACACAGAAGAGGAGGAUGUGAAGAUGCCAGAAGGAGGCUGUUUUGUACUUCUGAACCUCUUCGAAGUGAUGAGUUCUGUUUGAUUUGUAGCUAAUAAUCCACAGGUGAAAUACACAAGUGUUUAAAUAUUUUUUUUAAAUAAAUGUAAACCAGUGUAAACUUCCUGAAUGUUUUUGUUUCAAAGCAUCGCUUUGUUCCACUGUACAGAAAAUAAUAAAAGUGAAGCAU